AUGGCUCGCGGAAACGAAACUGCCUCCAAGAUCUUCUAUAAGGGUCGGUCCGACGACUUUAUCGUCUUCGUGGACGACCUUGAGACCCUCCAGAAAUGGAAGACCGACCGCAGCAUUCCAUUGACUGAAGUUCUCAACGGCUGGAAGAUCUUCCUGACUCAUUCCCACGGAGCCCAAGGUGUCCUUGAUACCGCCAGCCAGAGCUCUCUGCAGAACGAAUUCGGCACAACCAACGAGGAUGAUUGCAUGGUCAAGAUCCUAGAAGGCGGCGAAUACCAGGCCUCUACAGCACGCGAGCGUGAGGGAGGCAAGAACGACUCCAACGGCUCUCGCUAA